UACCGUAGAUGCCUCUUUCAAAAACAUUACCCAUCCUUUUGCCGCAGAAUGCCAUAUAUGGCCGUCUAUUCAAACUAUCGAAUCAAGCAUCGAGCUAUCCAAUUUGCAAGAGACUGUUUUGUCGGCAGAACCCCUAUCGGGUCCCAACUCACCAGGCUCCGUCAAUUUUCCCUUCACAUACAUAUCUACGAAAACUUUGCGCAAUGGUGCUUGGGAGCCAUGCACAUACAGUUCGAUGUACUCUUCAAAGACUCCAGUCCCAGUCUUUAA